AUGCGCUUCUCGCAUUUUUCAAUACUCGCAUUCGGCAGCGUCUCCAUUGCUAGCCCUGUGCUCUCAAAACGUGCCGACGCUGUCAGUCUCCUCACUGAUCUCUACGCUACUGUGCAAACCUACACAGGGGCUAUUAAUAUCACUCUUGCGCCCCUCUCUGCAUCUUCCUCUGUUUUGGAAAAGACCGCUGCGACAGCCCAAGUCGGGGCACAGAUUAACCUCAUCACCGCUGCUAUCACGGCGACCACCAACAACGUCAAAACGCUUCCACCAUUCAAAUCCACAUCUGCAAAGCGCUCUGUAAGCGCAGAUCUUGAUUUCGACGCCGAACCCACGGGUGUUGACUCCCAGCCCAAGGAGAAGCGCCAGCUUAUUGCCGAUGGCGCACUUCUUGCUCUGAUCAUCGUCGAGAUAUUUGCAACAGUUACUGCUGCAGUUCAUAUUCUCGGACUCGCUGGACUUAUAGUCUUCUUGAAUUCAUUGACGGCUGCCCUGUCACUGUUGAUCCUCGCAGUUGAGUUGGCACUUGACGUAGUGCUUAUUGGUGUUAUCGCGCUACUGGAUUCACUGCUUACUGCGCUGGCUCUGGGAGUCUCCGGUUUGCAGACUCCAUCGCUUGGUUUACUGGGCGAUGCAUUCUGA